AAGAUAGUUCAGACCUUGCCGUCGCGCGGGCGGUAAGUACCAGGAGAACUACAUAGCCCAGCAUGCAACAACCUCAACUUUUUCACGGACACUACAUUUCCCAGAAGGCAGUUCGCACCGCAGUGUUUUCUGGGAUGGGAACCACGCUGCUUCCCAGUCUCUGUGCGAGGCGUGAAGCGCGGACCUUUCAACAAGGGCUUUAUUAAUUCUCACGCUGCGACCCUGGAAAGCGAUGGAGGUGGCGGCUAAUUGCUCCCUACGAGUGAAGAGACCUCUGUUGGAUCCCCGCUUCGAGGGUUACAAGCUCUCUCUUGAGCCGCUGCCUUGUUACCAGCUGGAGCUUGACGCAGCUGUGGCAGAGGUAAAACUUCGAGAUGAUCAAUAUACACUGGAACACAUGCAUGCUUUUGGAAUGUAUAAUUACCUGCACUGUGAUUCAUGGUAUCAAGACAGUGUCUACUAUAUUGAUACCCUUGGAAGAAUUAUGAAUUUAACAGUAAUGCUGGACACUGCCUUAGGAAAACCACGAGAGGUGUUUCGACUUCCUACAGAUUUGACAGCAUGUGACAACCGUCUUUGUGCAUCUAUCCAUUUCACAUCUUCUACCUGGGUUACCUUGUCAGAUGGAACUGGAAGAUUGUAUGUCAUUGGAACAGGUGAACGUGGAAAUAGCGCUUCUGAAAAAUGGGAGAUUAUGUUUAAUGAAGAACUUGGGGAUCCUUUUAUCAUAAUUCACAGUAUCUCAUUGCUAAAUGCUGAAGAACAUUCUAUAGCUACCCUACUUCUUCGAAUAGAGAAAGAGGAAUUGGAUAUGAAAGGAAGUGGUUUCUAUGUUUCUCUGGAGUGGGUCACUAUCAGUAAGAAAAAUAAAGAUAAGAAAAAAUAUGAAAUUAUUAAGCGUGAUAUUCUCUGUGGAAAGUCAGUGCCACAUUAUGCUGCUAUUGAGCCCGAUGGAAAUGGUCUAAUGAUUGUAUCCUACAAGUCUUUCACAUUUGUUCAGGCUGGUCAAGAUCUUGAAGAAAAUAUGGAUGAAGACAUGUCAGAGAAAAUCAAAGAACCUCUGUAUUACUGGCAACAGACUGAAGAUGAUUUGACAGUAACGAUAAGGCUUCCAGAAGACAGUACUAAGGAGGACAUUCAAGUACAGUUUUUGCCUGAUCACAUCAACAUUGUACUGAAGGAUCACCAGUUUUUAGAAGGAAAACUCUAUUCAUCCAUUGAUCAUGAAAGCAGUACAUGGAUAAUUAAAGAGAGUAAUAGCUUGGAGAUUUCCUUGAUUAAGAAGAAUGAAGGACUGACCUGGCCAGAGCUAGUAGUUGGAGAUAAACAAGGGGAAUUUAUAAGAGAUUCAGCCCAGUGUGCUGCAAUUGCUGAACGUUUGAUGCAUUUGACCUCUGAAGAACUGAAUCCAAAUCCAGAUAAAGAAAAACCACCUUGCAAUGCUCAAGAGUUAGAAGAAUGUGAUAUUUUCUUUGAAGAGAGCUCCAGUUUGUGCAGAUUUGAUGGCAGUACAUUAAAAACUACUCAUGUGGUGAAUCUUGGAAGCAACCAGUACCUUUUCUCUGUCAUAGUGGAUCCUAAAGAAAUGCCCUGCUUCUGUUUACGCCAUGAUGUUGAUGCCCUACUCUGGCAACCACACUCCAGCAAACAAGAUGAUAUGUGGGAGCACAUCGCAACUUUCAAUGCUUUAGGCUAUGUCCAAGCAUCAAAGAGAGACAAAAAAUUUUUUGCCUGUGCUCCAAAUUACUCCUAUGCAGCCCUUUGUGAGUGCCUUCGUCGAGUAUUCAUCUAUCGUCAGCCUGCUCCCAUGUCCACUGUACUUUACAACAGAAAGGAAGGCAGGCAAGUAGGACAGGUUGCUAAGCAGCAAGUAGCAAGCCUGGAAACCAAUGAUCCUAUUUUAGGAUUUCAGGCAACAAAUGAGAGAUUAUUUGUUCUUACUACCAGAAACCUCUUUUUAAUAAAAGUCAAUACAGAGAAUUAAUUAUUCUAACAUAUUGGCUUCUUUGUACUGGAAAAGUUUUCAGUGGUACAUGGAGGUCUGGACAAUAUACUAUAACCUCUUAAGUUUUAAUGUGCUAAAUAUAUCUUGUAUGAUUUUUUAUUUUUUAAAUAACAUUGGAAAUAUAUUCAAGAGAUUAUGAUUCUCUAAAGCUGUGGAAUGAAACUGCAGAUUUAGAGAACAUUGGUUUCUGUAAAAAAAAAAAAAAAGUGAAGAUAGUACUAGCAAGUAUACUUUUUAAAAUAGGCUAGAAUCUCAUGUUUUAUAUGAAAGAUGUACAAUUCAGUGUUUAAAAAUAAAAAUAUUUAUUGUGUACUCUGUUCAUUGAUAAGUUGCUAUAGUCUGUACCUAUAAAAUGUACAGGAUAAUAGUUAAAUGUUGAGUAUUGUACAUAUGUAUUUAAAUGGAUUGAAUAACUGAGUCUACAUGGAGGGAGAAAUGUUAGAGGACAGCAGUCCUAAUAUUUUUUAAGUUUAUUGAGAGACUUCAGUUAUUAUUUUCAAAUUAAGUACAGCUUUAUGUAACUUUCAGCCAGUUGCUCUGCCACAGACAUAGACAGAGAGAGAUAAGAUUUCACAUUAUCCAUCACUGCGAAACAAACCACACCAAAACUCAGUGGUUUAAAACAGGGACAUUUAUUAUUUUUCACAAUUUAGUGAGUUGGCUGUCUCUGCUUUACAGGGCCUCUCAGCCUCCAGAAGGCUAGACGGGUGUUCUUUCCAUAGUAGAGAAAACAUCCUAAGAGAGCAAGCUCCAAUAUGCAAGAGCUUAUCGAUCCUGUACAUCUAUCAUAUUUACUGAUGUUCCAUUGGACAAAGCAAAUCACAUGGCCAAGUCUAGAAUCAGUAUGAGGAGACUACACAAGCUGGCAGAUAGCAGGUGGUAUGAUUCAUUGAGGGCCACUGAUGGAACAAUCUACCACACAAGGACAAAUUAUAAUUUAUCCUUGUAGCUCUCUUUAUUUUUCUAACAAUUUAAACAAAAUAAUCCUGUUUAUAUGUUACACUUUUUUGCCACAAAUUUUGUUUUUUCAAACUUAUCUUUCCAGGUUUGUUUUAGUAUGUAUGUACCUGGAAAGUUUUAUUACUUUUUAUAACAUUUCAAGGUAUGUAUCUUAUAUAAACCUCAAGUUGGAUUUUAUAUUUUAAUAAGGAAGUUAAGACCUUAAUUUAAGAGGCAGAAGGUUAAGAUAAGAAAUAUAAGAUAGAAAAUAUUUUUGCUAACAUAUCUUUUGCCUGUCUGGGCAAGUAUUUGACUCAACUAAAUUUUAAUGAAUGAAUGUUUGAGAGACGGAGAGGAGGAAAAGAGAUGAGGAUUACAUACAUGUUCUAAACCCUUUGUCAGAAUGCAGUUUCCUAGAGAGUAUUGGGGUGCUAGGUAAAAAGUUAGGAAAGGUCCUGAGGACUGGUAUUGACAAUUGGAGUCCUAAUAGUACUCUAUUAGUAUUAGGAAAGAGAGACUAGGUACCAAACGUCAUGAGAUCAUAGACAUAGAAAACUGUAUAGUAACCAAAAACCAAACAGUAAUAUUUCCAGAACUUUUUAGUAUUGUUGUAAAACUUCAUGAAACAAAAGACCAUUUAAAUAGUGAAUUAUUAAAAAUCUUUAUUAUGGGAAAGUAGAUCUACAUUUUUGCUAAAAUUUUCCCCAAAGAUAAUAAAUAUCUUCUUAGGGAAUGUAAGAAAAAUGUAUAAUAAAAAUGUGGUGCUUAAUUAACCAUGACUAUGUAUAUAUUGCAAAUAUUAGUAAUCAGUGUUCUUUGUGCAUGUGAUUUUUUUGCAUGAUUAAUGUUGAAUUGAAAGCUCUCAGGAUAAUUAAUCCUAAAUGUUGUUGCAUGUUGACGUAUUUUAGAAGAUGAAUAGGCCUAGAGCAGUGAUUUCAAGCUAUUUUCUUGAAAUGCUUCAGGGAUUCCAUAAACAUUUAACUCAGCUUAAACAAUGUUCUAAGAUACAUAUACUUAGAACAUUGAGGUAUAUACUACAAGCGCUAAGAAUGUAGUACUUUGUAUUUUUGUUGAUUUUUAUCAUAUUAUAAAUAGGAAUUUAUAAAAUGUGUAUGAUAGUAAUAAAGUAGUAUUUUAUGUGUUUUGCAUAUAAGUCAUUUAACAAUAUUUGCUCUUUUAACACAUUUAAGCAUCAACUAUUUACCUUAGCAUGAUUUUUUCAGUAUUAAGGAUAAUGUAUUACUAUGGAUAAGGAGACAAUUUACAUUCUAAUUAUUUUCAGGUAAAAUUUCUUUUUAGGGAAAAAAAGAGGAGAGGGUAGCAUAGAGUGGUUGCUUUCCUGCUAAGGAAGUCUGACCAAAGCUGGAACCUUGGAGACUACCCACAAGAGUCAGGUAGAGUAGUUGCCAAUGGGAAGAGUUAGAAAAAAGAAUCAAAGUGUCAAGAAAUUAGGAAUGGUUAACAGUGUUAAAAAAAAAUACUCUUAAAGUACAUUCAUCACAUUUCUACAUAAAAGGGAAAUGACUGUACAGAACAAGUUAAACCAUCAUUACACAGGAAUUUCAGACAUUUUGUGUUAUUAACUAUAGAAAAGAACAAAUGGUAAGUUUAUGUAUGGCAAGUCAUAUAAGAAGGCAAAACUUUUACUCAUCACUUAUUAUUACUGGAAGAAUAUUCUAGUUACUUAGUAGUAAGUGUGUCUUACUGAACAGGUAAUAAUAGGUGAGCUGGUAAAAAAAAAAAAAAAA